AUGGAGAAGGCAAAGUUUAAGAGUGACAGGUUUGCGAAUAGCGUCAACGAUUUGGUAGAUUUCGACAACACAUUUGCAGCUGCAAAAUCUGAUGAUAAUAUACAUAGUCUUGAGGCUCUAAGGGUGGAGUUAGAUUCAUUGUGGGACAACGUCAAGAAAUCGUACUUAGACUGUCGCGAUCAUAUCACCGCGGCGGAAGAGACCGCCAUAGAUAAGAACAAGCUUCGAUCUCAUUACAAAGAUGCUCGACUAAGCUACAUGCGUGUUGUAGGUUCGUUGAAUUCGGAUAUUAACGCAUUGAAGGAUCAAGCGACCCAGGAGAAAAUAGAAGGAGAAUCGAUGCAACAAGCCAGACCCGAAGAUGUAGAUUUUGCGCCAGUUUCAAGACUCCCACCGUGUGAUACAGACACAUUUAAGGGAGGAUACACAGCUUGGCCAACUUUUAGGGACCUCUUCACCGCCAUUUAUAUAAAAAAUUCCAAAUUAAGCAAUGUCGAAAAACUUUUUCAUCUUACCCAAAAGACUACAGGGGAAGCGAGAGAGAUCAUAAGCAACGUGCCUCUGACGAACGAUGGCUUUAAACUAGCUUGGUCAAGUUUAACUAACCGAUAUGAAAACAAAAGGAUGCAAGUCAAUGAACAAUUGAAAGUAUUGUUUAAUUUGCCGGACGUCACGGUAGAUUGUUCUUAUUCAGUUCAAAAACUGCAACGGACAGUGAAUAGUUGCAUACAGACCCUGGAAACACUGGGAGUAGAAGUUGAACAGUGGGACCCAAUGUUAAUUUACUUAUGCUCUGCAAAAUUGCCAAGACCCUUUUUGGGGGAAUUUGAAAAUUCUCUGGAGGAUUGUAAGAUUCUCCCAAAAUGGGAGGAAUUUAACAAAUUCCUGUCCCAUAAGUUUAAGACACUCGAAUCUGUGAGCAACAUUAAAUCAACGUAUAGCAAGCACAGUAAUAGGCAAGAAAAUUUCAGAAAGGAUAAAUACGUAAAUAGUUUUCACACCAACACUUUACAAAAUAUCAAAUCAUCUGGGGUAAAGAAUAAUUAUAACCAGAGUCAAUCCUCAAUGACUCGAAACCAAAAUGGUCAAAGUUGCCAAAUUUGUAAGGCGACACAUUUUAUUCGAGAUUGCCCAAAGUUUAUCAAAAAGAACAUUAAUGAUAGAAUUCACAUUGUGAAGAUUUCGCAUUUGUGUUACAAUUGUCUUUCAUCGAACCAUGGGGUUAAGGAAUGCAAAAGCAAGUUUACAUGCCGCGAAUGCAACUUGCGACAUCAUACAAUGCUACAUAAGGGACAAGAGACCCAACCUCGUAAUCAAGACUCAGCUAGAGAUGCAGUACAACCUAGUUCUAGUGCUGCAGCUCUUACAACUCGUAUACAGUCCACACCAGACACACAACAGAAUAACAUUACAACUUUGACCCUUCAGGAUAAUCGAAUUUGGGAGCAUCAUCCGGGGGGAACCUUACUUUUUACUGCUAUAGUGCAAAUAGAAUCUAGAGGACAGCUAUUCGAUGCCAGGGCGAUUAUUGACUCUGGAUCGCAGUCCACUUUCAUUACGGAAAAACUCAAGAACAAGUUGAGUCUUCCAACUAAACGGAACUUAGUACACGUUACGGGACUUAGCCAAAUUGUAGCUGAGACUUCAAAUAAGGCUUGUCUUUUCACCUUGCGUACUCGUUUAGACCCUAGAUUUGAAUUAGAGGUUUGGGCACCCGUUUUAAAGACCCUACCUUCUAACUUACCACCGCACAACUUAGACCUAGCACAACUUCGUGAUGUUGCCAACCUUGAAUUGGCAGACCCGAAGUUCUACAUUAGCCAGCCAGUGGACCUAUUGAUUGGAAUGGACAUAGGACCCCUUAUCUUUGAAAUUGGAUCCCCUAUGAGGACAAUCAGCUCACUCUUGGCUCAAAACACUGUUUUUGGAUGGAUAGUGGGAGGACCCAUCGCACAUGAAGCAACGGACAACAGCCGAGUUUCUUUACAUAGUACAGUAUCAAUAGAGAAAGUCCUUACGCGAUUUUGGGAGGUGGAGGAGACCCCCAAAAAGAUUUUGAGGUCUGAAGAAGACAUGUUUUGCGAACAAAGCUUUAAAGACACUGUAAGGCGUAACUCUAAGGGAAGAUAUAUUGUGACCCUCCCUUUUAAAAAUUGUGAAGAGUUGGGAAACUCGAGGAAUAUCGCAAUGGCACAAUUCUACAGAAUGGAAAGAAAGCUUCAAAAAACCCCGGAAAUCAAGGAGCAGUACGAUAAUGCCAUUCUCGAAUAUCUGAAAUUGGGACAUAUGAGGAAAAUUUCGGCACAGGAGAUAACAAAAGCUCCUAAUUACUAUUUGCCGCAUCACGCCGUCAUUAAGCCAGACCGGCUCACUACCAAGCUUAGGGUAGUCUUCAACGCUUCAAGUCCGUCGUCAAACAAGAAGAGCCUCAAUGAUAGCUUGUUUUCGGGACCCAUUCUUCAACAGGAUCUCGUAUUACAAAUUUUGAAGUGGCGUUUCUUUAAAUACGUAUUUAAUGCGGACGUGACAAAAAUGUACAGGCAGAUUCUUCUUGACCCUAGCCAGACUCAGUUCCAACGAAUUCUCUUUAGAAAAUCUUCAAAAGACCCAGUCGAGGAUUUCGAACUCUUGACCGUCACAUUUGGAGUGAAUUGCGCGCCUUUCCUUGCAAUCCGGACACUUCUUCAACUUGCGGAAGACGUGACGGACACAUACCCCCUUGCGUCAAAGAUCAUUCGAGAGAAUCUAUAUGUUGAUGAUGUUCUUGCCGGAGCUCAUACAGUUGAAGAAGCCAUCAAAUCCCGAAAAGAGUUAAUUUCGGCCUUGGACUCUGCUGGAUUUCAACUUAUGAAAUGGACAUCAAAUGAUCACAAAAUUAUUCAAGAUUUACCGGCAGAACAACUUCUUCCAGUAAAUUGGCUAGAGCUUUCUGAAGACUCCUCGACCAAGACUCUUGGCAUCCGGUGGAAUAUUUCGGGGGAUUUUUUCACUUUCACCCAACCGUUACUCGAAAUCAGACAGUCAUACACGAAAAGAGAAGUUUUAUCGGCCAUAGCGAAAUUGUUUGACCCUUGCGGGUGGUUGGCCCCAAUAGUUGUCGUGGCAAAGCUAGUCAUGCAGCAAGUAUGGCUGGAUAACAUCGACUGGGAUGACGCGCUUAAGCCAAUAACCUUGAUAAACUGGCAAAACUUUGUAAAACACACAAAGGCUAUAGAAUCGGUUAAAGUUCCACGGUGGAUACAUUUCACGCCUGGCUCGCAAGUUGAAGUACACGGUUUCUGUGAUGCCUCCGAAAGUGCAUAUGGUGCAGCAUUGUAUAUUAGGGUGGAACAUGACAACCACCAAACCGAUACUUUCCUAUUAGCGGCCAAGACCCGUGUUGCCCCGAUAAAAAAGAUUUCCUUGCCGAGACUCGAACUCUGUGGAGCAGUGCUUCUAUCAAAAUUAGCUUCAGCAACCACAACCAAUCUUCAGAUUUCGAAUUUUAAGACCCAGUUUUGGACGGAUUCCACAAUUGUUUUAUCAUGGCUAAAAAAACCGGCCUGUGCAUGGAGUACCUUCGUUGGAAACCGAGUGUCAGAAAUUUUAGAGAACGUGGGCAAUGAAAACUGGCGCCACGUAGACUCGGAGAGCAACCCUGCGGACAUUGCUAGUAGAGGAUGCACACCUUCAGAUUUAAAGGAACACUGUUUAUGGUGGCAUGGUCCACAAUGGUUAAAAUUUCCCAAAGAUAGAUGGCCGACUUUCCAAGACCCUUCAGACACAAAUCUUGAAGCAAAAGCAUUGAAAGUUUUUGCCACCUCAACUUUCGAGGAUCCUUUGGUGAGAUUCUCAUCCCUGUCGAGGGCGUAUAGGGUUAUAAGCUAUGUUCUGCGUUAUUGGCGUAACACUGGUGCAGGUCGUUCUCAUCUAAGGGUUACAUCAAUUGAAGUUACUGCAGAAGAGAUUCAAGAUGUCAAACGACGCUUAAUUAUACUGACCCAAGGGAGUUACUUUGCCCCUGAAUACCGUGAUCUACAGAACAAUGUUAGAAUUUCUCCCAGUAGCAGUUUGCUAACAUUGAAUCCGUUUUUAGACUCCAAGGGAGUCAUGCGAGCCAACGGCCGCUUAGUUCAGUCUCCUGUGCUGACUUACGACGAGAGACACCCGAUUAUUUUGCCAUACGAGGCAAGACUUACGCAGCUCCUAGUAGAAUUCGCUCACAAGAUAACUAUUCACGGUGGUAACCAACUCAUGACCAGGGUAUUACGAUCUGAAUUCUGGAUAUUCAGACUAAAACCGUUGGUGAAAAAGGUUAUCCAUAAUUGCAAAACUUGCAUCUUAUACAAGGAACACACUCAAUCUCAGAUUAUGGCAGCCUUGCCACCUGAGCGCACAUUCCUUUCUAGACCCUUUACGAAUACUGGAGUAGACUUUGCCGGACCCUUCAAUAUUAAAAGUUAUUCCGGCCGUGCUUGUGUCAUUACGAAGGGAUACAUCUGCAUUUUUGUGUGCUUCGCAACAAAAGCCGUUCACUUAGAAGCAACAACAGAUUUAUCCUCACAAUCUUUUCUAGCUGCCUUUUCGCGAUUCAUCGGUCGAAGAGGUUGUCCUGCUUGCCUAUAUUCUGACAACGGGAAGAAUUUUGUAGGGGCCUCAGAAAUUCUGAGAAAGGAUCGCCUCGAACUUUUUAAGAGUCUUCGGAAUCAAGUCUCACAGCAAAAUGCUUAUCAAAACUUUGUCUGGAAAUUCAUACCUCCGGGCGCCCCUCAUAUGGGCGGCCUGUGGGAGGCGGGCGUCAAGUCUCUCAAGACCCAUCUUCGUAAAUUCAUCCCAAAGAUGAACUUCACAUUUGAGGAACUUUGUACAAUAUUAGCGCGCAUAGAAUCUUGUUUGAAUUCAAGACCCUUGAGCGUAGCGAGUGACGACCCAAACGACUUGUCUCCACUUACUCCUGGUCAUUUUCUUAUCGGCACACCUAUUCUUGCGCUGGCUGAACCCAAUGUCUCUGACCAAGAUUUGACCCUUGUAAAUAGAUGGAAACGACUCAAGAUCGUUUCUCAAUAUUUUUGUAUGCGCUGGAAGUCCGAGUAUCUCAAAGAACUUCACCGUAGAACAAAAUGGAAGUACCAACAAGACAAUCUUAAAGAAAAUGACUUAGUCGUUAUCAGGGACGACAGGUUCCCUCCCACUGAGUGGGUAAUGGGGCGCGUUGAAAAAACUCAUCCUGGAACCGACCAAAAUACACGUGUCGUCGACAUUAGAACCCCUCACGGAAUGGCAGCAUAUUUGCCCUGGCCCGAAGACGAGCGCCAACAAGGCAGAGAGGGACGGGAUCGAAAUGACCGAAGAGCGGAACCCCGGCCCCAACGAAAUCAGUCUCGGAAUCGCGAUCACGAUCGCGAGCAUGUAGAUCGGCGCGGAAGACCCACAACCUGGCAGUACUCUUGCGGUCUCUGCCAAGACGAUCACGCGUUAAGUACAUGCCGCCGAUUCCGGGACCAGACCCCAUACCAGCGGUAUGAGACGGUGGAGCGUCGCGGGUAUUGCCGCAAUUGCUUGGCUCGUAGUCAUCUCGCUCCCGAUUGCCAGUCUGUUGCAGGCUGCCGUCGCUGUGAGGUACGACAUCACACCCUGCUGCAUGGGGCACCGCAGCUCGAAAACAUGGAGAGGCCCGCAGAUGGUUUUGCACUCGCCAAUAACGCUAGACCCGCACCAACAGCAUCCCCACCCUUUAGGUGGGAUCUUGUUUUCGUGCCAACUGCCAUGGUACGAGUAGCAGAAGACGGGGUGGAUACUUGGGCCACAGUGCGAGCAUUGAUCAACCAAGCGGCUACAAUGUCUCGGCUGGCCUAUUCUACAUUCCGGCGACUUGGCUUACGAUCAUUCACAUACCAGGGCCACAGGUUCACAACCUUCCGGUUAAUGCACCGCAGACCAAAUAGCAAUUGGGCACUUAAGGUGAAUGCCCUUAUCACAGAUGCGUUACCAUUUCGACCCUACUCAGAACCUCUAUUGGAGGACCCGACCCGUGAUCUAGCACCGGACACCCUUGCAGAUACAGACCCUAGAGCCAAUACUUCGAUAGAUUUAGAGUUGGGCGCUGACGUUUACCCGAGACUUCAGAGAGAUGGUCAUGUUUUUGCCGGAAUCGGAGAUGUCAACGCCUUCCAGACAACACUCGGCUAUGUCUUCGUGGGCCCUAUUAGAAAUAUGCAUAGACACUAA